AUGACCACAGUCCUCCCAUCCAAUUUCGAUGAAGCCUAUGAAAUGGCAAAGACAGAGUUCUUCAGGGAACUCAAACGACCUCAAGACUAUGACUUUUCCAAAUUUACCUCCAUCGACGAUGUCUACGACUACACGGAGAAGCUUCAGACAGAACAGGCCCGACAUGGAAACAUGCGGCACUUGAACAGAAUCAGACCGUAUCUCCAAAAUUUGGAGCAAUACGUUGGAGUCCUUGAUACAUUUUCGCAGGCAAAAGCAGACUUGUUAUCUCUGAUCUGGGGCCCCAUCAAACUCUUGAUUCAGAUUUCCAGCACACUCGUGAAAAGCUAUGACAAAAUCAUUGAUACGAUGGGCCAAAUCGGAGAUCGCCUGCCUCAUUUCAGGAAAUAUAUUGAGAUGUUCAAGUCUAAUGAUAAUCUGAAAAGGCUCCUGUUGGUGUUUCUCCGCGACAUAUUGGAAUUUCAUGUCACGGCGCUGAAUUUCUUCAAAUCAAAGAAGUGGGAGCUCUACUUUGAAUCCAUGUGGCCAAAGUACGGCAACAAAAUCACGAUCAUUAUGAACAACGUCGAACGACAUGCCGCACUUAUUAGCAAUGAAGUCACUCUGGCAAGCAUCCUGGACGCGCAGGCCGCACAUGCCGAAGCCGUGAAGACCUGCGAACGCGACGAAGAGUUUCAACGUCGUCAGGAUUUUGCUACCGUCCAGCAAUCUUUAUCUCCAAAAUUGUAUGAUGAUGAGCUUGAACAAUUUCGGAAGCUUCGAACUCCUGAUUCUGGUAAAUGGAUUGAAAAGAACGAGGAAUUCAUCGCGUGGUUUAACGCCAGCAAUCAGUCUGGGCGGGUUCUGUGGAUUGAAGGCAUUCCCGGAGCGGGGAAAUCCUUUCUCUCCGCCCAUGUCGUCGAAAUCGCCCAGCUUCAAACUAACAGCUGCACAGUUUUUGCUUUCCUCAGUUUCCAGGACCAGCAAUUGACGACCGCCAGAGUUCUUCAGUCACUGGUUUUCCAGGUGGUGCUGGAAAAUGUGGACCUACAUCAGGUUCUCUGUCGAGAAGUGCAAAGCAAUUAUAGAGGAGUUUCAAGCAACACUGCUUGUCUCCAAGCUCUCUUUAUCAAGAUGCUUCAGUUGUCCGAUCCGACGUAUAUCAUAAUAGAUGGAGUCGACGAGAUCGACGAGUUUGAGAGGUCUUUCCUCCUUAGGACAUUAUUGAAGGUAAAAAUGGAAUGUGACGAAGUGAGACUCCUAAUUAGUAGCCGAGGUGAGGACAACAUCAUGAGAAUCCUGCGAAAUGAGGCAACUUGCCUUCGUCUCCAUACCAACAAUCUUCCGGACAUCGAGACCUUUGUUCUCGGGAAGACGAAUGACUGGCUUGGCCGCUGCGCAUUUGACGGACAUACUUGUGGUCAGAUCAGGAAACUCCUCGAGCCGCUUGCGUCGAAUUCAGAAGGAAUGAUUCUUUACGCCAGGCUCAUGCUGGAUAACAUUUCAUAUCUGAGUAGUUUGCAUGAUAUUAGAGAGGAACUAGGUGCACUUCCUCGUGGGCUUGAUGAAGCAUAUGGCCGGAUUCUCGUGCGAAUUACUGAGCGAUUACCGGAAAGAGACCGCGACCAGGUCAAAAGGAUACUGGGCUGGGUUGCCGGCUCCCAGAUAUCAAUUCAGAAGCGUGAGCUUGAGGUUGCGUUUUCGAUUCGAGAGGGGGACAGAAUGGUAUUGAGAGAUCGCCGAGUCUUCCUCAAUGUCUUACAUUUAUGCGGCCCCAUUGUUGAGAUUCGAGAAGAUACCAUUCGAUUUGUUCACUUCACCGCAAAACAAUAUCUUGCAGAUCAGCAAAACAAGUCAUUCAUUAAUCUUCAAAACGCCUGGCUUGACAUUUGCCGAACUUGCAUCACGUAUCUCGGUUUCGAAUGCUUCGAAUACGAUGCAGAUGAGGAGAUUGAGCAAGCUAUACUCUCGGGGGAAUUUGUCUUCUUCCAUUACGCUACCACCCAAUGGAUCACCCAAUUAAGGCUCUAUUUGGAGCACAUCACAAAUAAAACAGAGAGAGAUGCUGUUUGCGAAGAGGUCCAGCAUCUGGUGUACAGAAGAGAAAGCUUCAGUCAUACGGCAACUUCAAGCGUUUUACAAAAGAGGAUCCAGGAUUUCCACUCUAUCCAGGAUGACUGGCCCGAUCUCUCAACAACACUGUCAAACGAAAAUGCAUUCUUGAAGUACAAAGCGCCAUUUAUCGGCUUGAAGACAGUCACGAUAUUCAACUCCGAAAGCCCGCUCAACAUAUUCUCUAUCUAUGGUAUAUUCUACCAAACGCUCGAGUCUAUGCUCUGCUCAGGGAUGAACCAUCGGCCAGGAUGUCAUUGUCAGACGUUAAAAGACCAAUAUGGACUGUUUCUGUAUAAAUGUGACAGAAUAGCCUGCCCCCGUCACCGACAUGGCUUUGCCGACAAGAAAAACAGAGAUCAACACCUGCUCGACCAUGACAGACCAUUUAAAUGUCCAGAAGCUGGCUGCACCUUUGGCGAAAUCGGAUUCAAGUCAGAAGGAAGUCUAGCGCAACAUAUGGAUCAACACCAUCCAACUCAGAAACUGGCCCCGAUGAAGCACCCACCCAUUCAAGAUAUCGACCCAGAGAGUCUCGAAGUUGUUCUAACAGAGGCGGUGAAGGCUGGUGAGGAAGAAUUUGUCUCAAGAUUCCUUGGAAGUAUUCCAGAGAGCCUUUCUGACAAACUGUACCUCACAGCCCUGCGUAGCUCUACCAGCGCUGUGGUUGCGCAAUUUGUCACCUCUGGCCAGUCUAUCGACAAAGCUUAUGUUGGAGAAAGAGAUAAAUAUCCUCUCACCGCGGUGCCGCUUAUCGUUGCCAUGAGAGCGUACAACUUGGAAGUUGUCAGAUACCUCCUCACUCACAAUUGUUCCUUCUACGCUGAGAGCGAUUUCAUUGACCAUGGAAACGAGCAAUCGCUCGCACGCAAAAGCAGGAGAGUGGGCACAGUUCUUGAUCAUGCAAUUGACCUAGACGACCCACAACGCCGUCUUGAGGCAAUUCUCAUUCUAACAAACCACGGGUACGACCUUAGGAAGGUUAAACGGAGUCCAUUUCGGCUCACGAGGCGUCGCAAUAUCGAGUCGGAGAGUAUCAUUAUGAACAUUCUAGAUGUUAUGGAGCACGCGCUCAGCAAGGACAAUCUCAAUGACAUUCUCAAAGAGGAGGCAAGGAGUCGAUGUUCUGUUGAAGUCGCGAGGUGGCUGCUGCAACGUGGCGCAGAAGUGAAUACCCGUGGCAAAACUCUCAGCGCCGCUACUCCCCUUUAUUCGGCCUGCGUUAAAAAAACAGAGAAUGCUGCCCACUUUGCAAAAUUCCUUUUAGAGUCUGGUGCUGAUCCAAAUUUAAGAACACAGGGCCGGCUUGCUGUGGAACUGAGGGGUGCCAGAAAUAUUUCCACAUGGCUAGGUGUAACUUGGGAGGAGCUGGUCGAGUCCACGAAGCAUGCGCGCGAGUCCGGCUGA